AUGGCGUACGAUCGAGACGAGUUCGUGCGUCUCUUGACGGACUACUACAACUUCUGUAACCGCGUCUUCUGGAACGCCACCGUCGUGCAGGCCCCCGCCGGCGGCUGGCCCUCGAUCAACCAGGAAACCCUGGCCGCCCUCAAGAGGAACGACACCGUCAUUGACCUCCUCCGCCAUAUCCCCUACGUCAACUACCGUGAGGGCGACAGCAGCCUGGCGCCGUUCCUCAUGAAAGACACGCCCGUCACCGACUACCGCAGCGGGGACUUGCAGAAGAAGAUCCGCGAGGGCCGCAUUGAAGGCAUCGCCGCGCCCAUCACGGGCCAGGACCCGCCGAUCCCGCCCUCGUGCGCCGCCAUCGCCAUCUCCCCGGGCCGGAACGGCUACGAGGUCAUCCUGGACACCGACGACGGCUACGUCUACUGGGGCGACGCGGACGGGCAGCACGACGAGCACGCGCCCGCGCUGAACGGCACCCUAAAGGAGCGGUUCGGCGGCGACCCGGCCAACGAGUGGCGGCUCGCCGGGUUCAACGUGUACGAGCCCGCCGACUUCUUCGAGCUCUGCAAGGAGCGGUACCGCGAGCUCAGCUGGAUCGGCCUCGGGCCCGAGUACAUGUCCGUGAUGAGGAGGAACAUGAACUGGGAGUACGAGUCCGAGCCCGAUUCCGACUCGGACCCCGAAGACGACUUCAGCCACAACAAGAUCGCCAGGAAGAUGAAGAAGGCGGGCUGGCCCGGCGACGGCGAGGGGCACGACUGGGACCGGACCAGGUUUGAGAAUCUGCUCGACCAGGGCAACGAUGCGGAGGAGUGA